GCCCCGGGCCGCGCCUGCCGGCCGCCAGGGCAAAAAGCUCAAGAGCGUGGGGUGGUUUCCUAGCAACUCGAGUCCGGGAGCGCGCCCAGCUAUCCGCUAGCAGAGAGACCCCCGGGGGGCCGGGACAGGACCUCCCCUCCUCCCAUUAUCGGCCUCCCUUCCCUCGCGUUCUCGCCGAGUGCUCCCCAGAACGUGCCAGCUGUCCGGACUCUGGGUGGCGGGACGCCCGAGCAGUGCACUGGGGCCAGAAGGACCAGGACACGCAGCCCUAGCCCCGCAAGGCCUGAUUCCCGCACUCCUGCCGAGCCUCCCCUCCUGCUUUCGCGGUCGUCCCCACCACUCCUGGUCGAGCAGGGAGUGACGAUGUAUCGCGCUGUACCAGCGGGCGCUGGUGGGUGCUUCUAGUGCGCUCCCGGAGCCGCCUCCCCCGGCUGCUGGCACCCCAAGCUUCCUCCCUCGCCAGCCAGAACGCUGCCGCCUCGUCUUUGCCCGCGGCUCCGCUGUUGGGGCUGCAAAGCUGCAACUAAGUGGAGCAAGCCUCCCUACCCACCUGUGGAAGAAGCUCGCGGUGAUUGAUGCACCAGUGACUUUUUUUUUUCUCUUCGGCCCCGCCGGCGUCCCCUCCCACAGAAGCUACAGCACCCAGUGAAUGUACAUUAGGGUGGUUCCCCCCCCCUCCCCCCCAGUUUCGGGCUUUGUUUGGGUUUGAUGGUGUUUGGCUCUUUGCUGAGCUGAUUUAUGCAGCAGAAGCCCUACAGGCUGGAAAGAAACAAAAGCUCUUUUCUUUGUCCCGGAGCGGGCAGCGGAGCCCUAGCUCGCGUCUCCCCCGCUGGGCAUCGGCCGUCUGAGAAGGUCUUGAACUGCCACGAACAGCUGCCGGCCCAGAGCAUCCUUGCCAGAAGACAAUAGAUGUGUGGAUUCAGAUGCAGCAUCAUGUGCCAAGUGCCUUGCGCUGGGUCCAGAAUGUGGAUGGUGUGCUCAAGAGGUUUUCAUUUCAGGUGGAUCAAGGAGUGAACGCUGUGACAUUGUUUCCAAUUUAAUACUCAAAGGCUGCUCAAUUGAUUCAAUAGAAUAUCCAUCUGUGCAUGUAAUACCAAGUGGAAAUGAAAUCAACACCCAGGUAACACCAGGAGAAGUGUCGAUCCAGCUGCGUCCAGGAGCAGAAGUUAAUUUUAUGUUGAAAAUUCAUCCUCUGAAGAAAUAUCCUGUGGAUCUUUAUUAUCUUGUUGAUGUCUCUGCAUCAAUGCUUGAUAAUAUAGAAAAAUUAAAUUCAGUUGGAAAUGAUUUAUCUAGAAAAAUGUCAUUUUUCUCCCAUGACUUCCGCCUUGGAUUUGGUUCAUAUGUUGAUAAAACAGUUUCACCAUACAUUAGCAUCCACCCAGAAAGGAUUCAUAAUCAGUGCAGUGACUAUAAUUUAGACUGCAUGCCACCCCACGGGUAUAUUCAUGUGCUGUCUUUGACGGAAAACAUCACCGAGUUUGAGAAGGCAGUUCACAGACAGAAGAUCUCUGGAAACAUAGAUACACCCGAAGGAGGUUUUGAUGCCAUGCUUCAGGCAGCUGUCUGUGAGAGUCAUAUUGGAUGGCGGAAAGAAGCUAAAAGAUUGCUGCUGGUGAUGACGGAUCAGACAUCUCAUCUCGCUCUCGAUAGCAAAUUGGCAGGCAUAGUGGUGCCGAACGACGGGGACUGCCAUCUGAAAAACAACGUCUAUGUCAAGUCCACAAGCAUGGAACACCCCUCCCUAGGCCAACUUUCAGAGAAGUUAAUAGACAACAACAUCAAUGUCAUUUUUGCAGUUCAAGGGAAACAGUUUCAUUGGUAUAAGGAUCUUCUACCACUCUUACCUGGCACCAUUGCCAGUCAAAUAGAAUCAAAUGCUGCAAAUCUCAAUAAUUUGGUAGUAGACGCCUAUCAGAAGCUCAUUUCAGAAGUGAAAGUUCAGGUGGAAAACCAGGUACAAGGUGUCUAUUUUAACAUUACUGCCAUCUGUCCAGAUGGAUCCAGAAGACCAGGCAUGGAUGGUUGCAGAAAUGUGACAAGCAACGACGAAGUUUUUUUCAGUGUAACCGUUACAAUGAAAAAUUGUGAUGUCACAGGAGGAAAAAGCUAUGCGGUAAUCAAGCCUAUUGGUUUCAAUGAAACCACUACGGUUUAUAUCCAUAGAAACUGCAGCUGCCAGUGUGAUGAUAGCAGAGAACAGAAAGGAAAAUGUGUAGACGAGACUGUUUGGGACGCUAACUGUUUCCAGUGCGGUGGUAAUAAAUGUCAUUCUGAUGAAGAUCAGUUUCCUUCUGAGAGUUGCAAGUCACACAAGGAUCAACCUGUUUGCAGCGGUAGAGGAGUUUGCAUUUGUGGAAGGUGUUUAUGUCACAAAACAAAGCUUGGAAACGUGUAUGGAAAAUACUGCGAAAAGGAUGACUUUUCUUGUCCAUAUCACCAUGGAAAUCUGUGUGCUGGUCAUGGAGAAUGUGAAGCUGGCCGGUGUCGAUGCUACAGUGGCUGGGAAGGGGAUUGGUGCCAAUGUCCAUUAACAUCAGCCCAACACUGUGUCAACUCAAAAGGCCAAGUGUGCAGUGGGAGAGGCACUUGUGUGUGUGGCAGAUGCGAGUGCACGGAUCCCAUGAGCAUUGGGCGUUUCUGUGAACACUGUCCUACCUGCAACCCAGCCUGCAAUGGAAACUGGAAUUGCAUGCAAUGUCUUCACCCUCACAAUCUCUCUCAGGCUAUACUUGAUCAGUGUAGAACCUCAUGUGCUCUCAUGGAACAGCAUUCUGUGGACCAAACAUCAGAAUGUUUCUCUAGCCCCAGCUAUUUGAGAAUAUUUUUCAUCAUCUUUAUAGUGACAUUCUUGAUUGGCUUGCUUAAGGUCCUUAUUGUUAGACAGGUGAUACUACAAUGGAGUAGUAAUAAAAUCAAGUCCUCAGUAGAUUAUAGAGGGCCAACCUCAAAAAAGGAUAAGUUGAUUCUGCAUAGUGUCUGUACAAGAGCAGUAACCUACCAACGUGAGAAGCCUGAAGAAAUAAAAAUAGAUUUCAGCAAAUUAAAUGCUCAUGAAACUUUCAGGUGCAACUACUAAAGAAGAUAUAAAGUACUUUGUGAGAAACUGAACUUGUAAUAAUUGCUCCUAAAAAUGAUAAUAUUUGAAGUCACAGGAGGAGCCUCAAUAUUCAAGGCCAUGGCAGUUGCUGGUUGCAUACUCCAAUGAAGACUGCCAGCUUCCUCAUCUAAUGUGACUCACAGAGCUGCUGAGAUUUUCAUAGAAUCAUGUGUCUUACUACUGUUUGAGACGAGUGUCAUUGUAGCACUUUACUGUAAUAUAUAACUUAUUGCGGUCAGCAUAGAAUGUAGAUCAUCUGAUGAGCACUGAUUACACUUUACAGGUAACCCAUUCCUAGCUUCC